GACAGCAAUGCACGUUUCCCUCGCAUUUGAGCAGUUACCUUUAUAAACAAACGGACGUUUAAACAGUAGUUCAUUAAAAAUAGUUCGAAUUUACUUAUUUCAACGUUAAUCCGUCCGAAAUUGAAGAUGUUUUGUAGAGAUGCUGUUAAGCUUGUUGCAGAGCUAAAUCAAACAGAGGAUAUAAAACCAUUUAAUGAAGCUGUGUUUCGUCAAGUAUUAGAAGAAGUACAAUCAUUGUUUGAAGAAAAUUCAAAAGAUGUGAAUACCAUCACAGAAGACAAUACAGCACCAAAAAAUACAUUACUUGUGAGACAUUAUGCAAUGAAUAGAAAUAAACGAUGCCUCUUGACAUAUUUGUUCCAUAGAAUGAGAAGACUAAGACAAGCUCGAUGGGAGCUUGGUAGUAUCAUACCACCAGAAAUAUCUAAAAAUUUAAUUAAUCCAGAAGCACAAUGGUUUCAUAAUUACAAUAAAUCACUUGCUACUUAUAUGAGAACUAUUGGUGAAGAUGGAUUAAACAUAUUAAAUGAUAUUCAACCACCCAAAUCAUUAUAUAUAGAAGUGCGCUGUAUUCAAGAUUAUGGUAGACUUGAAUUUGAUGGACAAUCUGUAAUGUUGAAAAAAAAUACUUAUCACCUAUUACCAAGAUCUGAGUGUGAAUCUUUGAUAAGACAGGGAUAUCUCGAACAUGUGUCUUCAUAAUAUAUAGUUACUAUAGUCUGUUGUUGGUGUAUAAAGUUUUGUACAGAAUAUUUUGUUUAACUUUCCUAGAUAAGUACAAACCACAUAAAGUAUUUUAGAAUUAAAAUUUUAAAAUUAAAUUGAUGAAUGGUUUGAUUUAUAUUUAAUAGGAAAGAAGUUGUUUGAUAAGUAGAGGAGAAUUCAAAAUGUGCUUACUUUUUAUGUGAUUUGUCUCACUAUAGUAGUUUAAAAAUUUCUUUCAAGAUUAAAACCAA